GGAAGGUACUGUCUUUAUUGACAUCCGACGGCCGGAACUUUUUGAUCCGUGGGGUUGUGUACCCUUAUUGGUUUCCCCCCUUCGCUUUUUUACAUGUAGUUUUCAUAUGUAAUUUUAUAUGUUAGACCGACCCGGAUUGGAUCCUGCAACGUUAUCCUGGGACACGCAUGUUCGCCUUCGUUAGUUAUUUUUAUAUCAGACUCUGAAGGAAAAGCUGAAGGUGAAGAAGGAUCGCUGUCUGGGCCUGAUCAUGGAGGCUACAGCGUCUCCUCCGCCACCAAUCUGCUCCAUGGCUUCGGAGAAAAAUGCCCAUAUCCUGGUUGGGGUAACUGGGAGCGUGGCUGCGCUAAAGUUGCCUCUUUUGGUGGCAGAGCUUCUGAAGAUACCUGGACUGGAAGUUCGGGUGGUGACAACAGAAAAUGCCAAACACUUCUAUAAACCCGAAGAGCUUCCUGUAACAAUCUACAGUGACUCUGAUGAAUGGCAGCUGUGGAAAAAACGCACCGACCCUGUGCUACACAUUGAGUUGAGGCGUUGGGCUGACCUCAUGCUGGUGGCUCCUCUGGAUGCAAACACCCUUGCCAAAAUUGCAAAUGGCAUUUGUGACAACUUACUGACCUGCGUCAUCCGUGCCUGGGACGUGAGCAAACCUUUGCUCUUCUGCCCUGCCAUGAACACCCUCAUGUGGGAGCACCCCAUCACGGCUCGGCAAGUGGGGCAGCUGAAAGAACUCGGCUACGUCGAGAUCCCUUGCGUCGUGAAGAAGCUGGUUUGCGGAGACGAAGGCCGAGGGGCCAUGGCAGAAGUUUCAACCAUUGUGGGGAAAACAGAGGCCAUGCUCUUGGAACGGGGCCUGCUGAAGCCUAACCGAUUCUGAAAUUUGCAGGUACUGUCCCGCUUUUUGUGGCAUUUUGACUCCGUGAAGCUGGUGGGAAGGGUGGGAUCAGGAAAAGGAACGCUCGUUAGAAGCCGGUUUCGGCUCUUGCUUUACAGAAAGGGUAGAGGAAGAAUCAUCUUCCCGGGGAGGUAGUGGGUCAUUCCAUUUAAUUUUUUAAAAAACUUUUAGAUCAUGUGUUUCUUUUAAUUGUUGUGCGCCGCCCUGAGUCCUUGGGAGAAGGGCGGCAUAUAAAUCUAAUAAAUCUCAAAUCUCAAUCUCAAUUCUUCAGUAACGGAAUUUAAACACGCUUGGGAGUACACAAGUGAAACAAUAAACAAAUAAGUAAAUAAAGAUAUAAAUAAAUAAAUUAAAAAGGAAACUAAAACUCUUCUCAAAGGGCAGGCUCAAUGGCUUACUGGGUCUUUUAGGUUAUAUAUAUAUAUUUAUAGGUAUUUUAGGUUUUCCUGCCUGGAUUAGAAGACCCACAAGUUCCUUUCCAGUUUAUUCAUUCUAUUCUGUUCCGUUCUGUUCUAUUCUAUUCUAUUCUGUUCUAC